CGUCCUGUGCGUCCCCCGUGAGGCGGGCGCCCGGGCACUGCGGCCGCCGUCGUCCCUGCGAGUGUGGGCAGGGCUGCCGGGGGCUUCCGUGGGCUCGGCCUCGCCCACCUCUGGAGGAAAAGCAGGGGAAGCCCCGGCGCCCGGCGGCCGCUGGCGGUGGAGCGCAGAGGACACGGCGCCGCAAGUCCCCGCGCCCGCCCGUCCAGCUUCGGGCCGAGGGUGCCACCCUGCCCGGCGCGCGCCUCUGCCUCCAGCGCCCAGCCCCGGGGAAUGCGGCGGCCCCCGGCUCCUGGCGCCACUCGGUGUCUCGGCUGGGCCUCCUCGCUCGUCUCUUCCGCGGCCCCGACGCUCCCGGGCCCCCUGAUGGCGGCCAAGUGGUUCAAGGAGUUCCCGCUGACCCUGAAGACCGCGUCGGAGCGCGCCAGGCCCGGGGGCGCCGGCGGCAAGCCGCGCAAGAACUCGGAGACGGGCGGCUCGGCGGCCACCCCGGGCAAGGGCCGGAAGAACUCGGCGGCCGAGCUGGGGGGCAGCAGGGCCGGCGGCGGACCCCCCAAAGACAGCCGACUGUCACGGGACAGCCUGCAGGGUCUGAUCCAGGCCGCGGCCGGCAAGGGUCGGAAGAACUCCCGGGUCACCGCCACCGCCCCCGCUGUCGCCGCUGAGGAGGAGCCCCACCGGGGUGCGGUGGCCAAGAGCGCGGGCUGCAGCACCUACAUCAGCAGGCUCAUCAAGGUGGACACGCAGGAGAAGAACGGCAAGGGUGCCUACCCGGGGGGCGGCAGCACCAGCAGCUCCAGCAGCUCCUCUUCCUCUGCGUCCUCUUCACCUUCCUCCCUGGGCCCUGAGCUGGACAAGGCCAAGAUAAUGAAACAAGACACGGUUAUCAUUUUAGAAGACUAUGCUGACCCGUAUGAUGCCAAACGGACGAAAGGUCAGAGAGACGCGGAGAGAGUUGGAGAAAAUGACGGCUACAUGGAACCCUACGACGCCCAGCAGAUGAUAACAGAAAUCAGACGUCGUGGUUCCAAAGACCCCCUGGUGAAGGCUCUCCAGCUGCUGGACGGCCCAUGUGAGCCAGGGGAGAGCAUGAAGAUGGAGGCCACAGCCAAGAGACGCAGCUCCAAGGACCUGUUGGGGAAGCCACCACAACUCUAUGACACCCCCUACGAGCCCUCGGAGGGUGGCCAACGGGUAGCAGAGGUGAAGGCCCGGCCAGCAGACAGCAGGCUGCCAGAGGAGGAUGAUCGACCUGCCGCUGAGUAUGAGCAGCCCUGGGAAUGGAAGAGGGAGCAGAUCGCCCGGGCCCUGUCAGUCCAGUUUGAGGGAUCCGAUCGACCUCCCAGCAAAGAAGAGACGGGCAGAGCGGCACACCACUGGCAGAAGACCUUGAGGCCAACCCUGUCGGCGGACCACAGUGACAGGGAGAAGGUGGACCCGGGCCUGGCCCUGGAAAAGCAGCCAUGGUAUCAUGGCUCCAUUACCCGAGCUGAGGCCGAGAGCCGACUCCAGCCCUGCAAAGAGGCAGGUUACCUGGUCCGAAACAGUGAGUCGGGCAACAGCAGGUACUCCAUCGCACUGAAGACUAGUCAAGGGUGUGUCCACAUCAUAGUGGCUCAGACCAAAGACAACCGCUACACACUGGAUCAGACGAGUGCUGUGUUCGACAGCAUCCCUGAAGUGGUACACUAUUAUUCCAGCGCAAAGUUGCCCUUCAAAGGGGCAGAGCACAUGACCCUACUCCAUCCCGUGCACAAGCCUCACUAAACUUUAGCCAGCCAGAGCCCAGGCACCUUCGAGGCCGUUGGCACCCACCCAGCAUCACGUGGACAGGACUCUCUCUGCUGCUGCAGACCGGGAGUCGGCGCCUAGAAGUCAAGCAGUCUUUGGUCCUAAAUCCAGGACACGUGGUCUGACCUGGUCUUUCUCUUCCUGCCAAGUAGCUACACUCUAAGAAUGUAUCGCUUGCCUGUUGCCUUCGCCCUCGGAGCAGGAGGUCUGUCUGGGGUAGAUCUAGAGUUCAGGAGCAUGGACUUGUCCCUCAGUGCUGUUCUCUGGAGUUCCUGGACCCUGAACAUCAGAAAACCCCUCAGCCUUUGCUAGUGGCCACGUGGACUGGAAGAUCCUGCAGUGAGCCCCUCGUGGGGAGGUGGAUGGACAGUGGGAAACGGAACAAUGGACAGGAAAGCUGUCUUUCUCCAGGUCCUGAUGCAGCUGUGGCCUUCACACACAUUCACAACGUAAGGACUGUGCAGAGGAUUAUUCGGCUGGUUGGCCUUCCUAAGAAAAGUAUUUGCUUUCUCGGUCUCUCUGGACAUCCGCUCCCAGCAAAUCAGUAAUAAAAGCAAAAAAUUGGAUGGAAGAUCCCAGAUUAAAGUGUUACCAAUAUAAUCGAGUAAUGACAUCCUUUGUGAAAUUCUGGUUAUUAUUAAGUGUAUCCAAACUCCAAAGAUUUGGUUUCUGGUUUAAAAAAAAAAAAAAAACUACAGAGCUCAACAACCAUUUUGUUAUUGGAUGAUUACAUAAUUCAGACAUCUUUUGUUUUCUCUUUGUGGAUUUUAGUUGCACGGAAUCAUCUUUAAGUUUUCUUUCUAAAAUUAGAUUUGCUCUGUAUUUUUAGUAAAUUUUUUACAAGAAAAUUGGGAUCCAGUUGUAGGAACCAAAUCACUGGUGGGAAGAUUUCCCCGUAUGUGCAGAACAAACCAAUUUGCACCUACAGAAACAUUUUGAAAGGACUGAAGUCAUCUCUGCUGCUCUCCAAGACACUCCAUCAUUGUAUUUUUAUCCUUGUGAUUUCUCUAUUGUGGAAAAUCCCGCCGGAGUGGCAUGCCAUGAGCCGGUGCUGUGGGGAAUGGGCCGGACCAGAACUGGAUGGACAUUCCUUGCUCAGGUUUGUAAACUGGGUCUCAAGACUGUGUUCCCAAGGCAGUGCACUGGCCGCCCUCGGUGGAAAGUGGACCUUUGUAGCUUCUUUCAGAUGCACAAGAAGUAUUAACGUGGUCAGACUUCUUAGGAAAACACCGUCACUCGGCUCUUGUGACUGAAACAUAGGAAGACUUUUGCUCCUGUUUCAGUGAAGAUGUUAGCCAAAAGGUUGUGUGAUUCUCUUUUUGUUUUCAAAAGUUGGAAGGGAUUUUCUCAAUGGAGCACCGUGAUCUUCACAAAGGCUGUUCUCACAGUGCUGACAAUUGCUUGUAGCACAGGAUGUUCAUUUUACAUGUUCAGUAGCUAGAGCUCCGAUUCCAUUCAGCAGAUGUUUAUUAUCACUUAUUAUCUUGUGUGUGUGUAUUGUUCACUGUGUUAAACCUAUUUUUAGCUCAUCGUUCUAGCCACAGAGACUUAUUUUUUGCUUAGCUUUCCUUAGUCUUCACAGGAAAUCGAGCUGUCGUCUUUAAUGAAUGGUAAGAGCAUUAUAAAGUGUGGCUGUGAGUGGAAGGAUUGGGGUCCUCACCCAGCGACUCCGAUGAAUGCCGGCCUGACGCGGCAGGGUCUCCUGGGCUCUGCCGCACGCCCAGGUGUUCUCCCUCCCUCUACGUGUUUGGAAGCGGAGGAGGAGGCAGGUUUAUAUAUAGUCCAGUCUUCACAGUCGGGAGAGGGGGGCUGUCCAAAGCAAAAAUAUCGUCAGUCAGUGGAAGGCCAGUGAGGGAGUGGGGUAAAGCUGCUAUUUUCUCCUUCGGCGGCGACACAAGCCGACGACGGAAGCCAGGGAGCUCACAGCUGGGCGGCGGCAGAGAGAACCCCAGGUCCUAAAAACAAUCAGACCCAGCGGGUGUCCUAACAGCUCACGCCUGCGCCUGGCCCAGUUGCUCUGGAGCCCUGAGGCCUGUCCUCUGAGCUCCACACACUGGGGCCUCCGGCCUUUUCAAAACCCUGAUAAAAGUAUCUCCCUGUCAUCUUCGUUCCUGUGAGCUGAUCGAGUCUCACAGAAAUUUUUUUUCUAGAAAGAUUGUCUUUUGGUAAACCCUCAGGAUACCUUGAAGUAAACAUCUGUAGAGCUGUCCACUUUUUCUCCUUUAAAAGAACGUACUUGUAAAAGCUGCUCUGUUCCUUAGAGAGGGGCCCCUGAGAACAGAGGGCCCCAUGUAAUAAUCCAGCUAGCUACCUGGGAGCUGGAGGCACGAGUUCAAAACCAGCCUGGGCAACAGCGUGAGAGGGUCUCCAGAAAGAAAACAGAAAGGCAAAUGGCAUUUCUGUUUCCUGUGACAUCGCAGUGGUUUCUGUCGGGCUCUAUUUUAACCACUGGGUCUGGAUAUUUACGUAGGAAUCGGCGCAGGCCAGGAGGACAAUGAAGAGGCAGAGGUGGGGGGCGCUGGCUUUGAGGUCAGUCCUGAGUUACACUCCAGGGCUGGAGAAAUGGUUCAGAGCCUGAAAGCCUCUGCUGCCUUUUGCAGAGGACCCUUGUUUAGUUCCCAACACACUCAUGCUGCCUGGCUCCAGGAGAUCUGAUGCCCUCUUCUGGCCUCUGAGGGCACCACGCAUGCACACGGUGCACAGACAUAUAUAAAGUAAAACACUUACGCACAUAAACUCUUUUUAAAAACUUGAAAAAUGGGAAUAAAAUAAUGGGAGAACUUUAGUGUGUAUUCACAAAGGCAAGUGAUGAUAAAUGCACAAGUGUCCUUCCGGGUUAUUCAGAGUGCUUUAAUAGGCACCUGUAAGAACAGCCUUUAUUCUUGGCCGUUUAAAGUCUGUUCUGCUGUUUUGGACUUCGGUGGCUGGCCUCUGCCACAGGGAGGGGAGCUGGGCCGAGAGCCUGUAGGGAAAGCAGGCUGUUCUCAAGAAAGGUCCUACUAUAAUAGCCCUUGCUUGUUAUUUGGAUUAUUCACCAGUGUUAACCACUCAGCAACUAGCCUUUGCUGUUGGGUAGAUCUGAAUGUUUAAUUCAGAGGAAGAACUGUGAGACGUUCUUUAGCUGCUUGUUAAAUGAGUCUGUCCCUUCUGCUAACUUGCUGUUUCAGUCACAAGCUAAGGCCUUAUUUUUCCUUACCACUGUCAAGAAGAAACCAGUGCGUUCUAGAUUUCACGUCUCCUGGACGUGCUUUUGAUUCUUAGGACUUCACUGAUCCCUUCCUUGGAGCCCACAUCUGCUGUUCAUCUUUCUAUCUCUGUAGCCAGCACCAGUUUAACCUCACACUCCUUAGAACUAACUCCUCUUCUUUAUUCUCCUUGCCGCUUCUUACAUCCCACUAACCUGGCCUUGAGAAACCUGACCUGCUGUGCGUGAGCCUUCCCGGCAAUUUAACCUCUCUUCUUGGAACCUUUGUGAUGAAAGAUGGUGUGCUACUGCCAUCUACUGGAGAAAGAGAAAACUGCAGGCGAGGAAUCCGCUGUGCAUUUCAGGGUGGUUUGGCUGAAGGAUUUCUGAUAGAGUUCAUAAAUCAAAAUAAGUGCAGACACGGCGAUUGCCGUCUUGAAAUAUGCCCUUUCCUACGGAAAGGGUGGUUUGACUCCUAGUAUGACAAUCGCCCAUGAGGACCCUGGACCCGGGCUGGGUCAUGUAGUUCACAGUCUUAUUUCUGUUUUUGAAGACUACUCUGUCAACAGAUCAUUGAGACGGGCUUCGCUAUGUCAAGUUCUUAGCUGUUCCAUAUGUUGUCAGGAGGGUUUGACAUUUUAAAUAUCAAUUAAUACAUUGUUUUAACUUUCUAAAAAUAUUUAAGAGACUGUAAGCAGGUGACUUGGCCUUCCGUAUUGUAUUGGAAUCUUAUAAGUUGUUGGCUCUCUUGCAUGGGCCAGUGUAGCUGCGUGCCUUCCAGAAGAUGGUUUACUCUGAAUGUUACUUUCAAUAAAUGCUUUGCCAGGAAAAA